AUGUCUAUGUUAACUAUUUAUUUUUAUUUCUAGAUCUGCUCUAUUACAAGAUAGAAUAGCUCAAUCAAAAAUUGAAUACUUCAUCGGCUAACAGUUAUAUUGUCAAAUUACUUAAAUUGUAAAAAACUUCAAAGAGAAAAAACUUUAUAAUAAUCAAAUUAUCUAAAAGACCUUUAUUCAAAUAGUGAAAAAAAAAAUAUGUAGAUUUCUUCACUUCAAAAGUCAUUAAGAUUAUUGCAUAAAUAAUCUUGAAUAGGAAUAUAGACUAGUUUUGGAUGCAGCUAUAACAAUUUAGAAAGAUAGGAAUAUUUAUUGGAAUAGAUUCCUGAUAAAAAGAAAUGUUCUUAAGACAGAUAACAAGAAAAUAUUAAGGUAAUGAU